AUGGCGGGCAUCCCCUGCCUCGACUCGUGCCAGCUGGCCGGGCUCAUCGACCCCGACUACCUGCAACGGGAGGUGAGCCGUCAUGAAGAUGAAGCCAGGGAGGCGAGGGCCAAGGAGCAGGAGGCAGAGGAGGCCAUGAAGAAGAAGAUGCAGCAGGAGCAACAACAACAGGCGCCGGCUACAAAGAAGAAGCCGAGGAUCAAGCGCACCUACUCGGCGCCGGUGGAGGACAUUGAAGAGAAGAAGAAUAAGGAGGAGACGGGAGCCGCGAGCCACAGCAUGAGCAACCUGCCCACGGUGAAGAUGGAGGAGGAGGAAGAGGAAGUCGGUAGUACGAGUAGUGGCGCCAAGCGAAAGCGAGACGAAGCACGGGAAGGUGGCGAUGGUAUGGUGGUGGCGGCAGUGAAGAAGGUGGCUCGGGUGGCGAAGCGACGAAAGAAGCUCGAGACUCAGACGACUUCGAAACCCGCGCCUGAAGACAACGAGACCAUCAUGAAGGAGAAGAAGAAAAGUGUAGAGGCGAAGAAAGUGGAAGUAGAAGGAGAAAAUGGUGACAGCAGCAAUGGAAGUGGCGAGGUGCCGGCCACGCCGCUGCACGAGCGACGACGGCGGUUCGAGGGGAAGGUGUUCUUCCUGCUGGGCCGCUUCAUGCGCAAGCAGGCCGAGAUGCAGGCCUUCAUCGAGGAGAACGGCGGCGAGGUGGCCAAGUCAAUCACCCGCAAG